GACACAAUUGUCUUUGAUCUUCGCUGAUGAAACAAGUUGCAUUAAGCUAGUUUUUACAUGUUCAAAGGCUAGAGUUGUGAAAUUCUCAAGAAGAAAUGAAACCACAAUGUGUAAAACAUAAAUUUAGCAAGUACUGUAGUUCAUGUGAAGAAGCCAUCAGUGUAAAUGAGAGUGAAGGAUUGUGAUGUUUAUGGUAAAUGGUUUGAACUCAGGGUAACAAUGGUUUUUACAGUCUGAUCAUGCAGGAGAGACAAGUUCUGUAAAGGUCAAAAGUAGUCUUGAGGGUUACUCUAACGGUUACAUCUGCUUAGGGUGUUAAGUUUACAGAAUCAAAAGUGUUGUCAGCUCUACACUUAAUUUGAAGGUAGCUGGAACAGUUUUGGUUUGGGUUUAUAUUUCUUGCUUGCAUACAUUGUCAAGUGGUCUCAUAUAAGGUUGAUUCUUUUUCACUUUCUUAUCAUAAGCACAUUGGCUGAAAAACAUUUGUAAAAUUGAAAUUGUUUUCAGGUCAAGGUACAUUUUGUAGAUUUUGGCAACACUGAAGUUAUAAGUCUACGAAGUAUUGUGUUCCUGUCACAUGAUUUUCUCUCACCGGCUCCAUUUGCCCAGCUGUAUUGCCUUGAUGGUGUGGUAGUAACUAGUGAAGAACUUUUAGUAGAGGGAUCAAACAUGCUGUAUAAUCUUAGCAUUGGCAAGCUCCUUACCAUACAAUUGAAGGAACCAAGAAGGGCUCUAGAUGUGGCCUGUGCUGUGGAACUGAGGGAUAAUUCUGAAGUGGGAGUUGGAAAUAUUGCAGAAGAGUUGAUCAAGCAUGGGCUUGUCACUUCUACAUCUGCUGGACAGGAUGGUCCACCCCCAUUAUCUCCAAGAACCUCACUAAGUGAAGCCAUAAGUAAGGAAAUGGAGGAAUUGACCAAAGAAAAUCAGUCAUUGAGAAAUCGUAUCAAAUUGUAUAAAGAGGGUGAAAAAGCUGUUGAUGAAUUACGAAAAUAUUAUUCUGCUCAAGCAGCAAAGCACAAGGAAAACAUGGAACAAGCUGUCAGCCAUAAGGUGUUAGAUUUGGUCAGCAAAGUCCAUGAUCUUAAAGCAAUGAGAGAUGCUACUCCAGCUAAUGGAAAGACUUCUGAGAUGAUCAUGGAAGCAGUAGAUCUGACAAGAAAUGACAGGAUUGAUUUGAAGAGUAUAAAAUCCUUGCAACAGGUUCUGGAGAGUGAGAAGAAUCUUGAAAAAGCACAAGAUAAUCUGCGGCACUGUAAAGACAAGGAAGAAUUGUUGUCAGCUGACUUGAUACCCAAGAGAGAUGAAGCAAAGCAGAUGUUUGUUGAUAGUAUUGAGCUGUUUUGUAAAGAAGUGGACUUGCUACCCCUUCAAGAAAGAGAAAAGCAUUUGCAGAAUGUACUGGGUCAGCUUCAAGACCAAGGAGACAGCUCCAAUACAAAGUGUGACCUAGCUGUAGAAGAGGCAGUUCAAGCUUAUGAGGAUUGGGUGGAGAGAAACCAUCAAGAUAUGGCAGAUGUUAGACAGAAAGUCCACCAUUGUACAAAUGACCUUGUAACAGCAUUGUCCAAUCUACAGUUGGCUCUGGUAGUAUUACAAAAGGACAGUGAAGCUGUCAGUACUUCUGUUGUGUUUGAUGACAUGGAUACAAUGAUGAAUGCUUUGUCUUCAGCAAUACAAGAAGAAAUGGACAAGUCCAAGGUAUCAGAGGAUAAAGAGGCUCAGCAGAUAGUUGAUCGAACAGUAAAAGCACUCAUUAGUGAACUGAGUAAAGAGUUCCAAGAUGUUAGGGAACUGAGGGACAACUUGGUGAUAAAUUACAGAACUCUGCAGGCUGAUAUGGGCAAAUGGCUGGAAACAAAGCCUGAUAUAAAGAAAGCCAUUGAAAUAAAGAGAAUCAUUAAAACCCUUCGUUCAAGAUUGCGCCAUAGGCUGGCAGACAAAAAAGACUUGGAAGAGGGAGAUGAGCCAGAAACUUCCGAAGAACUCCAAAAGGUGGAAAAUGAAAUUUCGGAAAUAUAUUUAAAACUUCACCUAAGUUUUGAGGAUGAAAGUAACUUUUUGGCUGAUGUAGGUAAGGCUACUUCACACCACUUUCCCGAACUCCCAAUUGCUCAUCCUGAACUGGGAAUCUCUGAAUUUCUGGCAUCUAAUGGACUUGUAAAACCAGGAAGAGAGUUAGAACAUUAUCCACACCAUGAUUGUGUGCCAUCUGUUAGUCAUGACAAGUGCUCUGUAGUCAAGACAGAAUUUGCUGGAAGACCUUGUAUAUUGAAGGAGCUUAGUGUUGAUAGAGAAGUAGGGGACAUAGAAAUUCUGAAGAGAAAUGCUGUUAACUUCAGCAGUGUAAAGAACCCUUACCUCAUGCAGCUGGAUGCUUUCUUUGUCAAGGUACAUUGCAAUACAGAGAAUAGUCUUGAUUCAUUACCAUAA